UCACAGCCGUGGGAACCGUGGCAGUGCCGCCAAGAGAGGACGCGGCCGCAAGUCGAACGUGCUGUGCGCGAGCUGCUGGAGACGGAGGUCAACUACGUCAAGCUGCUGGCUGCCAUUUGUGACGGGUAUCUGCCGGCCAUGAGCAAGCGCAUCGACAUAUUCUCGCCGAACAGCAUCCGCCUGAUCUUCUCGAACAUAGCGGCCAUCUACAAGUUCCAGAAAAAGUUCCUCGAGGCGUUGCGCAGGGGAAUCGAGCAGAACCAAAUCGCGAAGGUGUUCCUGAAAAUGCACAAGGGAUUCCUGUGCUACUCCAACUACUGCAACGCCUAUCCCCGGGCCCUUAUCGAGCUGGAGUCCUACGACCGCGUCAAGGAUGCACGCACCAUUCUGGAGAAUUGCCGCGAGUCGGAGAACCUGGCCGAGCUGCCACUCUCCGCCCACCUGCUGGCUCCCGUGCAACGCAUCUGCCGCUAUCCCCUGCACCUCAGCGAGAUUAUCAAGCCGGCGCGUGCUUCUGCUGCCAAGACGGGCAGCGAUGGCGAAAAAGCUGAAAAACCCUCGGCCCCUGACUACGAACAGCUCGACGUCAACGAGAUGGACAUACCCGACACGUACGAGACCGUAAACCUGGCGCUGGAGGCCAUGCGCGGCAUCACUGAGGCGGUCAAUGAGGGCAAACGCCACAGCGAGACCAUUGCGAGGCACCAGGCCAGCUUUCAGAACUUCAAGGGCCCGCCGCUGCAUCUGCACAGCGCACGCUUCUUCCUGCAGGUGGACGCCACACGCCAGAAGCAGAAUCUGUGGAACAGCAGCUACACUCUGUUCCUGUUCGACAACCAGCUGGUCUACUGCAAGCGCGACAUCAUCAAACGCAGCCACUUCAUAUACAAGGGGCGCAUAUUCCUCGACCGCUGUCGAGUGGUGAACGUGCGGGAUGGCAAGAUGUUCGGGCACACGAUCAAGAACUCGCUGCGGAUCUACUGCGAGUCGCGGGACAAGUGGUACGACUUCAGCUUCCGCUCGGCGAACCGCAAGCACCGCUUCCUCAACACCCUCGCCCUCGAGCGGCAGUUCGGCGGCAAGGCCCUCUACGUAUCGGAGAUGACUGGCUUCGAGUACAACUACGAGGAGCGGCCGGGCGACUUUUCCGAUCAGUCGGACUACGAGCUGCCCGACUUUGAGCACGCCAUGUGCGGCGGCACAUCGGCCAGUGGGGAGAGCUCCGUUCCGGAAUCGCCGGCCAAGUCAGCGUCCCGGUUCUCCGAUACUUUGCCGAAAAAAUCGCAGUCCCGCGAUGGCUUCGCCAGCGUGGACAACUCCCAGAUGCUGUCGACGACAUCGACGGGUUCGCUGGGACGACGCCGCAUUGGCAACUGGUUCCGCAAGCCAAAGAGCACCAACUGCACGCCCAGCCAGUCGCCGACGCACAAGCCGGGCUUUGACGCCGAUGAGACUCUGACAGCGGCCCGUGUGGCAGCCAUCGAGCUGGCCGAGGCCGCCGCCUCGCUCUUGCCAACGGACAGUUCAUCCGCCUAAGCACACAGAGAAUAUCAGAAUACAGAACACAGAACACAGAAUAUUAGACAUACAUCCAGGCCUGUGCGAAGAAGGCGCAUACUAUUUGUUAUGUUACAUUAUUGUUAAUGUUAAAUUGCCUCUACCAAUUGAAAAAAGUAAACAAAACUAACGAGUGUUACAGUAUAUUUUAGAAUUUUUUUUUCCAUUUUUUUUUUUUUGUAAAUCUUUUGUCGUUCGAGGAUUUCUAGACGGCAAAACGAUAAACGUGGUAAUAAGUUAUGUAUUUAGAUUUUUAGACUUACCAAAAACAAAACAAAAAUAAUGUAUACUUGUGGCAUUUGAAGGCAGCUUUCGAUAAAAGUGCCAGAUGCUGGUGUCGCCGACUGCUAGUCUAAAAACCCUAUUACCUAUUACCUACUACCUGUCCGUAUAAUCCUAAUUUAUGUGAUAAGGCGAUAAUAAAUUCCUGCAAAUUACACCAUUAUUGUAUGCUUUAAAGCCCUCUGUUUGUGUAUUCAAGUUCGCUUAGAGACCCCAGAAGACCGCACUCCAAGCUGAAUAGAAAACUACCCACAGAAAUACCCGAUACUGGGAUGCGUUUCGGAAACGUGCUCGCAACUAGAGAACAUUUAAACUGAAGGGAAGGUGUUUUUAAGAAUAUGGCAUCAAAAAUACAUACAUAUAUACGAAACUUGGCAUUUGUUAGUGUUUCCAGUAUUUCCACCUGCGAAAUUUGAGUAGAAAACCACAAAAUAAAUAAAAGAAAAAUAAAAAACAAACAUAUUAAUACAACAACAAAAAUAAAAUAGCGAACUGUGUGCAAACGGAAUGCAAACGAAUAAAUAUUGUAUUAUAUGGAAAUUGGUUGAUCAGAUUGUCAAUUUGAACACAAAACUCAACAAUGUUAGAAUAUGUUUAAACAAAAAAACAACAAAAACAACACAAGCAAACUGCAACAAAACAAUUGAGCGAAUUUAAUUUUUUUUAAAGAGACACGUAUCGUAAUAUAUUGUAUUGUAUUGUAUUGUAUUAUCCCCUUAGUAAUUAUGUAACCUAACGUCGAACAAUUGUCAAGAAUUAGUUGAAAGUUUAAUGUUUAAUGACGGUCUGUAUAAGUUAAUCAAAAAUGAUAAAUUCAAUAAGCAAUUGACUAUUUAAUAGAUAUUGCAGAGAGAAAUAUUGCUUGAAAUCUGCAAAACGAAACGCCAAAACGUUAACUAAAAAACACUAUACCAAACCAUAUACAACAUUUUAGUCCUGAAUAUACAUAAAAACAUACAAUACAUAUACAUAUACAUACCAUACAUAUAUAGACAAGUGAAACUAUUGCAAGGUGCGUGCGAAAAGAAAUGGCAUUAAUUUAUUUUUGUUUGUUUUUAUUUUACCCACAAAUAAACUAUUUUCAAAGUGAAA